GGAGACACUUCACAAUCCCCAUACUUCGUAGUCUUUGCGCGCAUAUUCUCACAGACCAUGACGAUGGGCCCGAGAUCUCGCACUCAUCUUCUGCAGCCCUUCAUUUGUACCCAUUGUCGAGGCAAGGGACGUACUCUUCUGCGACGGCAAUCGCGAAACUUUGCUACGUCCCCUUCGACAUCAUCCGCGGCACCGCCGUCGGGCGAAUUGAAAUACCUCCAACUUACAAAUCGUACACUCAUCCGCCUCGCCGGGCCAGACGCCGCGAACUUUCUCUUCAACCUCGUCCCCGCGAGGAUCCUGGGCACCGGUGGCUCCUCACGGCCCAUCUACACGGCGUUUCUCUCCGCUCACGGACGCAUCCUGAACGAUGUCUUCAUAUACCCCCCCACAGCGGACGACGGCGCCAAUGGCGAGGAGUGGUUCGUCGAGGUCGACUCGGACAGUGCCGGUGACCUGAUGAAACAUUUGCGCAAGCACAAGCUGCGGGCCAAGUUCCAGCUGGACAAGGUCGACCCGGGCAAGAUGGGGGUCUACUACAACUGGCCCUCCUCCUCCUCCUCCGCAGAGUCGGCACGGCCGACACGAGGUGGCCAGGAUCCCAGGCCAGGUAUGGGUCUACGGUGGCUUGACGAUACCACCACUGCAACAAAACCGGAGGCGGUACGGCGGCUCGAGGACAAAGGAGCCAAGGCUGCCAGUCUGCAGGAUUAUACGAUUCAUCGCAUACUGAACGGGAUCGCAGAGGGACAGACCGAACUGCCCGCCGCCGGCUCUCUGCCUCAAGAAAGUAACAUCGACUUCUUCGGUGGCAUUGACUUCAUGAAAGGGUGCUACCUGGGUCAGGAGCUGACCAUUCGGACCCAUCACACCGGCGUGGUCAGGAAGCGCAUCCUCCCUUGUCAGCUUUACGAAGGAGAUCAGCCAUUAUCGAGUGAUCAGCCCCUGCCGGUCUACGAGCCUGAUACGCAUCUACCCAUGCCACCGUCCCAAUCGAAUAUUUCGAAGUUGAAUGCUCGCGGUCGAGGGCGAAGUAGCGGGAAGUGGCUCUCCGGAGUGGGAAAUAUAGGUCUUGCAUUGUGCAGACUCGAGAUGAUGACAGACAUUCAGUUGACGGCGGACACGUCGAAUUACGACCCAAAGGAGCAGUAUAAAGUGCAGUGGGAGGUGGAGGGUCAGGAGGGGAAACAGGAAGUCAUGAUCAAGCCCUUUGUGCCACAAUGGCUCAGAGAUGGUGUCGAGCAAAACCUACGAAGGAAGGAGAGAAAGUCCAGACCCGUUGAAGAACAGGAUGAAGAUGAGGAAGUUGAUUAGAUCUUGUAUAACAAACGAAUGUCCCGGAAUCUUGACUCCAUUUCAAACUUGCUAUACGAGAAAGUCCCCAUCAAACCAGAAUCCGACUUGGGGAUCAGGGGAGCCAAGAGACGAGCGCGUGGCGGUCAUUGUAGUGUCUGAUCCUAUUGGGACGACAAGACACCGCUUUGAACUCGCAUGUAGUUCAACCUACACUUUUGUGUUUUGGCAGCGACGUCGCCGAAUUCCCACCAACAUCGUGAUGAUAAUGUUAUUUCGACACUCAGAUGUGUCUAUAGGACAGGACCUG